AUGGAUGGGGAUCUUUUCCUGGAAAACUACUUUGACCAAUACACCAGCCAGGACGAUCUUGCCUCCAACAGCCUGCCAACAUACGCUCCCUUGAGUCCCUUUGCAAACGAUCCGCCCCUUUCCUCGCUUCCAGAUGUACCAUUUAGUGACCGACCAGAGCCAACCAAAGACUUCUCUGCUAGUUUCUCUUCGGUGGACCUCAGCUUCCUCCCAGAUGACCUCCCAGAUGAUAACAAGCAUGACGACCGUGACGUGCCGAAAGAGGACGUUGAGUCUCAGUUGUCAACGCAAGACCUUGGCACGGUCUUGGAAGAGGGCAGUCAGACCCAGCAGAGAGAGGAAAAUGCAGACCACGCGUUGCCAGACGUGUCUGGGGUCUGUCCCCCCUUGACACCAAUGACUCCAAUGACUCCCACGUCGGAAAGUUCGGGCAUCGUUCCACAGUUGCAGAAUAUAGUGGCAACGGUGAACUUGGCUUGCAAGCUGGAUCUCAAAAAUAUCGCCCUUCAUGCCAGAAAUGCAGAAUACAACCCAAAGAGGUUUGCGGCGGUGAUCAUGAGAAUCAGAGAACCGAGGACGACAGCCUUGAUCUUUAGUUCCGGCAAAAUGGUCUGCACGGGGGCAAAAAGCGAAGAGCAGUCCCGGCUGGCCGCCCGGAAGUACGCCCGGGUGGUGCAGAAACUCGGGUUCCCCGCAAAAUUCCUGGACUUCAAAAUUCAGAACAUGGUGGGCAGUUGCGACGUGAGGUUUCCCAUCCGGCUGGAAGGCUUGGUUCUAACUCACCAGCAAUUCAGUAGCUACGAACCAGAAUUGUUUCCUGGCCUUAUAUACAGAAUGGUCAAGCCAAGGAUUGUACUGCUUAUCUUUGUCUCCGGAAAAGUUGUAUUAACCGGUGCCAAAGACCGGUCAGAGAUAUAUGAAGCCUUCGAAAAUAUCUAUCCUAUUCUGAAAGGUUUCAAGAAAGUCUCUUAACCUCUGAAGAACCGAUAAGGUUCGUGUGUGUUUUAUAACGUCUCAAGCACUCGUUUAGAUUUUGUAAUGUUACCCUGCGGUUUAAAGAAUAUUUUUUUGUUAGUCAACAAUUCUAGUGUGUGAAAUAAAUACAAAUA